UAUUGUUCCAAAAACUAACGAAGUGCGAUAAAGGAAUACUCCGUAGAAGUAAAGCUAGCUGGGCCAGCUCGAACGCCAGAAUCAAACACAAAAUGGAUGAGGCUCUGGUAAAAGAUGCAAAAUCUAUAGCCGCUCCAUUAGUAUUCUUCGUUGUUGGGGUUUUUCAAUUUCUGUCCCGAUACGUCGAGCUGCAAAAGACGAAAACAUCCAUAUCUGAUAUGGAUGCGAAGCUGAAAGCAGAAAUUAAGCAGCUCAUGAAGGAGGCCAAUGCCUUAUCACAGCCAUCAACCUUUGCCCAAGCUGCAAAACUGAAAAGGACUGUUGCAACUAAGGAGAAGGAACUUGCAAAAAAUCAAAGGAUCCAUAGCGAGGCGAUAAAAAUGUCCUACGAUAUGUACACAAAGUUCCUAUUAAUUUUAAAGAUCAUCACGUACUCUAUGCUCCUUAUUUGGUUUUGGCGUAUGCCUGUGGCUUCUGUAUCUAAGCAGCUGGUACAACCUUUUGGUAAAAUGCUAUCAUGGCGAGCAGGAGAUUUUGUAAAUGACAAUGUCAUGGUUGGUAUCAUUCCAUGGCUCAUCCUGUGUACGAGGGUCAGUAAAAUUAUUUGCCGGAAAGUUCUGAAAUAGGAUAUAAAUAUGAGCAACCAGUCUUUGUGAUAUACUUUCAUAUUUGCCCACUUUCUAGUAACUUGGAUACACUCAGGAAUGUAAGCCAAUUUUAGUUCUGGCACACAGGUUCUGAUAACAUUUCUAGCAAGUAAAUAUUCUUUUGAAGUAUUCAAUUGCGUGUUAAUUAAGCUCAAGUAGUAC